AUGGGCCCCCUUGGCAUCUCCUUCCCAACUUUCAGCGACCUGUCUGUCGGUCAAGCUGCCCACUACAUUGCAGUUUUGACGCUCUUCGUCCCGUUGUUAUACCUGGUCACCAACGAAUUGAUCCGCUACUCUGUGAGACUCCCCGGUAUACCUGGACCAGUCGGUCUGCCGCUUGUAGGAAAUCUGUGGUCCAUUCGGAAGAAUGCUGCAGAGCAGUAUCGGAUCUGGUCCAAGAGAUACGGAUCCGUAUAUCAAGUGUCACUUGGAAAUGUGCCUAUAAUUGUUGUCAACUCUGCGGAAUCAGCAAGAGGCCUCUUUGGUCAACACACUUCCGCGUUGAGCUCAAGACCAGAGUUUUAUACUUUUCACAAAGUCCUCACGGGCGCAGCAACCACUGUUGGUACCACUCCAUACAGUGACAGCCUGAAAAGACGACGGAAAGUGACAGCGGCAGCACUUAAUCGCCCUUCUGCCCAAAGAUACAUCGCUCACCUCGACCUCGAAACGAGGGAGUUCUGCAAAGACUUACUUGUCGAGGGUCACUGGGGCAAGAAGGCAUUUGAUUGUUAUCCAAGUGCACAACGUCUCAGCUUGAGUCUAGCAUUAACUACCAACUGGGGUAUUCGGAUGGAAUCUCGCGAUGACAGGCUGUUCAACGAGGUAAUUGAAGUGGAGGACCAGGUAAGCCGUUUUAGGAGCGUUACUGGGAACUUACAAGAUUAUAUUCCGCUCCUGAGGCUCAAACCGUUCAAUCAAACCGUGAUGAAAGCUAAAGCUACACGCCAUCGACAAGAUGCCUACCUCGAUCAGCUGAAUCGAGGUCUUCUCGACCGUAUGGAAAAGGGGAUUCAGAGCCCCUGCAUUCAAGAAACGAUCAUUAAUGACCCGGAUAUCCGACUCAACGAAGAAGAAGUCACCAGCAUAAACCUGACUAUGAUAUCUGGCGGUCUCGACACGGUCACUACAGCCGUUGCUUGGCUUAUAGCGGUUUUGGCUAAACGCCCUGAUAUUCAAGAAGCUGCUUAUGAAGCCAUUCAAGAGCUGCAUGGUGCUGAAAGUCCCCUUUGCGACGCCAAUGAUGACCAAAAGAUCCCUUAUAUUGUGGCGCUGGUGAAGGAAGGGCUGAGGAUGUAUACCGUCCUCAGACUCAAUUUGCCACGGACUUCUAUCAAAGAUAUCACUUACGAUGGCAUGAACUUUCCUAAGGGAACAACCUUCUUUUUAAAUGCUCAUGCCUGCAAUAUGGGUAGGACAUCUUUUCCUUUCCAUCUCAUGCCCCCGGCUGACAGAAUCGCUGAAGAUCCCAAAUUAUGGCACGAUCCUGAGGUCUUCCGACCAAGUCGCUGGCUAGAACAACCAGAUGCACCUCUGUUCACAUAUGGUGUUGGCUAUCGUAUGUGUGCUGGGUUCUUGCUCGCCAACCGUGAGCUCUAUCUCAUUGUUAUGCGACUUAUUUGCUGCUUCAAAAUUGGGCUUGAAGGUGAUGUGGACCUUGACCCGGUUCGUGGUACCGCCGAUCCAUCCAAGCUGGUCGCACAGCCUCAUCGUUUCCGCGCAACGUUUGUUCCAAGGGAUGCGGUACUACUCCGAAAGGUGCUAGGGAAGACUUCCUCGAUUCAAUGA